AUGGAAGAUGUGACAUAUGUCGGCAGCGGGAGGUCAAUCGACAUCGAACUUGGGGGACAAGAAGUCAUCACCAUCGAUCUUGACAACCUCGAUCCGAAUCCGGAAGAUGUAUUGGACCUUUUGAAGGAGGGACAGUGCAGAGUGUCUGUGUGGACAAAGUUAGCUGGCGAGUACUGGCGAAGGGGUUACCUAGCAGCCGCCGAAAGGAUAGCUCAUUCCGCUAUUGAAUCAUUACAUGCAAACGGAACGACGGCUUCCUCUCCUCCAAUAUACGCACUUCUUGCAAAUAUCCAGAUAGCUCAUGCUCAAAAGGCCCCCAAGUUGGUUCUUUCAGAAGCUCGCGAGGAUAAACUGACAAAUGUGCGCCCAAAGGAAGAAUAUUACCGCGAAGCUGCUCAGUAUCUCAACACUGGUGAGAGGGCUGCUGCAGAAGGUGGUGAGGGUGUGGGCGGAACUUUGGCAUUCUUGACUCGAGGGAUACAACAACUCGCGACGAGGUCUAUGGAUGAUGCCAUGCGCUCCUUUGAGGGUGUACUAGCUGAGAAACCCACUAAUGUCGUGGCACUCCUCGGUAAAGCUCGAAUUCUCUAUGCUCGAAGGAGUUAUCCUCAAGCGCUCAAACUAUUCCAGCAAAUUCUCCAACUCAACCCGCGCUGCAUCCCUGAUCCACGCAUUGGUAUCGGACUGUGCCUAUGGGCAAUGGACUAUAAAUCAAAAGCGAAAGCGGCAUGGCAACGAAGUUUAGAAGUUAAUCCGACAGAUUGGCCGGCGCAGCUUUUGCUUGGACUCGAGUCCAUCAAUGCGAGUAAGACCGAAAAUCUCAGCGAGAAAGACCGUGCGCAAGCGUUCCUUGCCGGUACAAAAUUCAUAGAGAAGGCUUUCAACGCCAACCAAAAGAGUGCUGCCGCCGCCAAUGCACUAUGCGAACUCUUCCUCAGGAAGAAUAGCUAUAAACGAGCUUUGAAGCUCGCGGAGCGCACUAUUCAGUUCGCAGAUACUCUUACAUUGCUAACAGAAGGAAACCUCAGAGCUGCUCGAGUGCUACAUGCAGAGGGCUCUCUCAAAGAAGCCACCAAGUAUUACAUGACAGCCACAGAUGGUCAACCAAAACACGUUUUAGGCGCCAUUGGCAUGGCACAGAUGCAGAUCCAGAACGAUGAGAUAGCUGCGGCGAUCCAUACUCUUGAUCUUCUUCUGCAACCUCCAAAUCCUCAGCGUUCCGUUGAAGCAAUGGUCAUGCUCGCUUCUCUCCGUGCACACCCGCGUCCAGGAGUUUCGAGCUCAGACUUUGCUCAAGAAAAAGCUAAAGCCCGCGAACUAUUCGAUCGCGCUAUCAAAGCUCUCGAGCAAGACGAUUCACGUACAGCUAAUGGUCACGUCCCGCAACACACAGCCAGUUAUAUCAACGACGAUUUGGAUAUGCAUGUUGAAAUUGCACGGCUUUGGCAAGAAGAGUCUCUGGACCGGACAACGCGUGCCCUUAAGGAGGCGUUGAGGCUAAGCGAGGCGAACGAACAGAUCGACCCGCGGCUGCUCAAUAAUAUGGGCGCCCUUCAGCAUAUGGAAGGCAACCUAGCAGAGGCACGGGCCUUGUACGAAGACUCACUCACUAAAGCAGCUAACUUGGGUCCGGAUGUCGGAGAGGGAAUGUCAACGUCGAUGUUAUACAACCUCGCGCGAGUGUACGAGGACGGUGGCGACGUUGCAAUGGCGAAGGAAGCAUACGAUAAGCUCUUAGCAAGACAUCCGGAGUACGUCGAUGCCAAAGUUCGACAAGCGCAGAUGCUAGCUGAUCUCAAUCAGUCCAACGAAGCGCACGAUCUCUUAAAACAAGCCAUGGCUUCGCAAAACAACAACCUCAAUCUCCGCGCAUUCUACACCUACUUCCUCAUCCAAAGCAAUCUCCCGAAACCUGCCAAAGAUUUCGUCUUUGCUACCCUCAAGGACCACGACAAGCAUGAUGUCUAUUCAUUAUGCGCCGCUGGCUGGAUCCAAUAUCACCAAAGCCGGGAAAGUCGAGAUCCGAGUCCGAAGGGGUUAGAAGAGCGAAGACGUGGUUUCCAGCGCUCUGCCGAGUUCUACGACAAAGCCUUACUUUUGGACCCGCUCUGUGCUUUUGCUGCUCAAGGACUGGCCAUUGUGACUGCGGAGGAUGCACUCGGGUCCUUUGGGGGUGGUCCAGCUACUUCUGGUGGAGACGAUCCACAAAAGCGAAUGAGGAACGCAAGAGACGCCCUCGACAUUUUUGCCAAGAUAAGGGAGUCCCUCAACGAUGGCAGCGUGUACCUGAAUAUGGGACAUUGCUAUUAUGCUCGAGACGAAUUUGAUCGGGCUAUUGAAAGUUAUGAGACAGCAUCUGUACGAUUUUAUGGUGGCCACAAUGUUUCUGUGCUCCUAUGUUUGUGUCGAACGUGGUAUGCAAAGGCUAGCAAAGAUCAGUCUUUCGUUGCCAUGAGUACAGCGCUCAAAUAUGCGCAAAAGGCUCUCCACUUACAACCGAGCGACAAGGCCAUCCUGUACAAUAUCGCCAUGGUUCAACAAAAAUCUGCAGAGCUGCUCUUCGGUCUCAACCCAUCGAAGCGUACCCUGAAAGAUCUGGAGUGGGCGAUAUUGCAGGCUGGGCAUGCGCAACGAUUGUUCGCUUCUCUUGCCGCAGACUCUGCCUCUGUCGUACCCUACAGCCGUGAUAUCGCAGAUCAACGUAGGAAAUACGGUGAGAGUAUGCUAAGAAGAGGAGACGAGCAUCUAGCAACACAAAAGGAGUUCGAAGCCGAAGCGCAAGCGAAACUCGUGGCUGCUAGGCUGAGGAGACAGACGGAGAGGGCCAAGCUGGAGGCUAUUGAGCAAGAAAAAAUCGAGGAACACCGCCGGCAAGCGGAAAAGCUUGCAGAAGAGCGUCGUAAGGCGAGGGAACAGGCUCAGGAAUGGACGAGGGAGGUUCAGAUGGAGAGCGACGAAGAGCGUGAACGGAAAUCCAAGAGGGCCGCUAAGAAGGUCAAAGUCGAAGGGGAUAGUGGAGAUGAGGGGGGUGAACCUAAGAAGAAGAAGAGAAGCGGAGGCAAACUCAAAAAAGCCGUUGAUCAGGAUGUCGACAACGAGCAGCUCUUCAGCGAUGAUGAGGUCGACAGUAAACCAGCAAAGAAGCGUGUCCCGAAAAAACGUGUCGUCAGGGAUGAUGACGAUCAGGACGCCGUCGGAGGACCACGCAAAAAGCAAUAG